GAUGUACAAACUUGCGCUCACACUGAUGCUGACGUAUUAUUUGGCACGACGGCGACGCGUCAAGUCAGCGAUAACCUCGCGGGGGGCCCGACGUAAGGCAAGAAGAGUAGAAGAAGAAGAAGAGGAGAUCCUUGUCCCUCCAACGUGGCGCUGUAGGGAGGACAAGGAGUUCAAAUUGAUGUAGAACGGAAUCGUGAGAUGGCAUAGGUGCAGGCUGUAAGAUUCCGAUCACACUGUGCUGUCCGUCUAAUAAUAGAUGAAUUACAGUGGAAAACAUUAUCUCGGAUUACAGAAGCAAGUUCAAAGGAGCAUCUGAUACAAGACUUAUUUUGUGUUUAUUACAGAUCUGUGUUAUGCUUAUGUGGUAUAUAAUACGUAUAUGUAUAGAACGCAUGCAGGGACCAGAAAUGUUUAUCAAUUUCCUCGUAGUUGUUAAAGUUCAUUGCAUUGUUAUUUAAAACUUUCAACAAAGUGACAUUGAUCAUUGACAAUAUUGCUCGUGGAAAAUGACAGAAACAAUUGUUCAGACCCCCAGGGUUCAGAGAACUUGCUUGAAUCACGAGAGACGAGAAUAAAUCUCGAUUGGUCGGUUGGUUUAAACUCCUUAUCGUGUAUUCUUGCUCUAAACUUGAUUUUUUAUCCCUACCACAGAGUGCAAACACACUACCAGCUAUCGAGGAAAAUCACGGACGAAUUCUCUCAAGUCAGAUUCUUCAUUCGCACGAACGGGUGUAAGGAGAUCGUAAAUGAUGCGUCGCGAAAAAGUCGGGCGUUUAUAUCGAAGAGAAUAAUAUGCGUAAACACAUUAAAAGAUUCUGUCUUUGAAAUAAGCCGUGAAAAGGUUGUGUGCACUCGGUAUUACGACGACUCUAGAAAUCAGUUAAUUGCCAAACUCCAGGUAGGAUUUGCGGCAACGAUUUGACUGGGUGUACUACAAUGUGUAACGGAGCAUGCUCACGUAUAUGUUUACCUCUUGCUUGACCGUCCCCGAACUUACAGUAAUAAUUAAUAACAGCGUCGUUGCAGAUUAUAUACCAAGGCGGGGAGAGGAGGUUUCGCUUUAGCGAACCUAUUUAUAUCUACCUGACAGUAGGUAUACGGUGCGUCGUAAGCACCGGGGCUGUUCAGCGUUAUCUCGGUCAAUAGCUCCGAUCGUGAGGAAUAAUAAAACGCCCUGCCGGCUUCGUUGUACGCCGGAACAAUAUACUACCGGAGAGAGGCCUUGUCGUCGAGCAGUUUCACCCGAAUAGUCCAACUCCUCGGACCGUCUCUCGCACCUCCGGAGAUGACGCCCCCGAUCACCUGGAGCCUUGGACUGUCCGGGAUACGCGACGUAGCCAGCAAAGCCAUCCGCGUCGUCCUCCUCGGGCAGCCCGGCGUCGGAAAGACGGCGCUGGCGGUAAGAUUCGCAACGCGCCGAUUCAUCGGAGAGUACGACUGCACUACGGAGAGGAUCUACAAGUUUACAGACGCGGCAACUGGCUCGUGGGAAAUUGCCGAUCCCUCGGGAUAUCCGCCAGCACCUACAGAGCCAAAACUGCGAUGGGCAGACGCGAUACUAAUCGUCUACUCCAUCAGCGACCGCGUCAGUUUCGACGAGACCUCGCGGCUGAGAUUUUUGGUGACCCAUGCGAGACGGGGACGGAAGGUGCCACCGGUGGUCUUGCUGAUCGGGAACAAGUCGGACCUGGCCGCUUCUCCGGGUGAGAGGAUGGUGUCCGCCUGGGAGGGUCGUCGUCGUGCCGACGACAUCGAGGCCCAUGGUUUUUACGAGAUAUCGACGAGAGAGUCCGUCGACCAGGUCACUGUCAUGUUCUCCGACGUCUCGAGGCUCGUCGCGGAGGCUGCAGCCGGCGGUUCUGUCCAGGGAAAUCCUUUCCGGGUAAGAGCUUCCACCGACGGGUCCAUCAACGCCCUAAGAAGACCUCCGGUACCGCCGCCAGGGCGAAGGCUUAGCAUCUCUGCACGCGGUGCACCCCCUUAGCAUCUUUCACAGAUACUCCAGAAUCGCGAAUUUUUAUCUAUUUUUUUCUUUAAUGUAUACGAUGUAUUAUUGUUUUGCAACACAUGUUACACGUGAGAGAUGCACACUCUGAUAUACGUCUGCGAUGUGUACGCAAAGUUGUGAGUAUGUAUAGAUAUGUAAACGACGCCAUGUAUGUAUGUAUAUGUAUGUAUCGUAAAUAAAACGUAUAUGGAUGGGUUUUAAAAUUGAAUCUCUUGAUCAAAAAAAUUCUUUCAAGCCUCCACAUAAGGUCUACGUAUAGUAUGUAUAUUAUCCCUAUUAGGCUCGUACAACUGUGAAUAACCGCGUGGGAAUUUAUCGGAUCGUACGGUUGCAUGCAGAGUGUACUGCAAACAUAGUGACAUUCGUGCAACGAACGGCUGAUCCGUAACGUGACUUGUAUGAAGUAUGAAAAAAUUUCGCAUAUUCGACGGAUCGUCUCAAUUUCUUAUCGUUUUCACGAAGUGAUGUUUCAUCAGACAUAUUUUAACGGGCUUGUUAAAA